UGGGGCUGGUCUGCGGGGAGUGGAGCAGCCUCUCCUCCCCUCUUCACAUCUGGAUUCAAUAAGGGCUUCGAGAGGCCGGAGCAUUCCUGAGCACUGAGGUGGAGGCUGCACUCUCUGACGGCCAUGGGGCCCUGGCGCUGCCUGCUCCUCCUGCCGCUCCUCGCCGUGGCCCUCCGCGCCCAGCAGCAGCAGUUCAUGGAGUACGUGGAGCGGCGACUCACCCUCCUGGAGGAGAGGAUCUCACAGUGGCAUGACCAGAGCAGCCGCUACUCCACGGAGCUGCGGGACUUCAAGAACCAGGUGCUGGGGAUGCUUGAGACAGCGGAGAAGGAGCGGGAGGCGAUGCGGUCGGAGGCAGAGAGCGCAGCGGUGCGUGUGGACCGGCUGGAGCGUGAGGUGGACUACCUGGAGACGCAGAACCCUGCGCCACCCUGCGUGGAGGUGGAUGAGACGCUGAUGGAGAAGCAGGUGGCCACAGCCAAGCAGAGGAAGAAUGAGAAAUACACCAAGCUCACAGACUGCAGUGAUACCAUCGCGAGUGUCAGAGCCAUGAAGAUCCUGAAGCGUUUCGGCAGCACCUCAGGGCUGUGGACCAAGGAUGCCGCAGGGAACUCCGAGAAGAUCUACGUCUUCGACGGCACUGCCAACGACACGGUGUAUGUCUUCCCCCGCAUGCGGGAGUUCACCCUGUUCUCUGCCACCCGCAAGGCCGCCCGCAUCAAGCUGCCCUACCCCUGGGUGGGCACUGGGCACCUCGUCUAUGACGGGCACCUCUACUACAUCCGCCAGCAGGGAUCCUUCCAGGUGAUCAAGUUCAACCUGGCCAACAAGACGGUGGUGGACAGCUCGGUGUUCCCGGCUGAAGAGCAGAUCCCUGUCUUCGGGCUCUCCCCCUUUACCUACAUCGAGGUGGCGGCCGACGAGGAGGGGCUCUGGGCCAUCUACGCCACCAAGGAGGACGAGAAGAACAUAUGCCUGGCCAAGCUGGACCCCACCUCACUGGACAUCGAGCAGAUGUGGGACACGCCAUGCCCGCGGGAGAAUGCCGAGGGCGCCUUCGUGGUGUGCGGGACGCUGCACGUGGUCUACAACACCCGCCUGCCCAGCCGCUCCCGCGUGCAGUGCGUCUUCGACGUCAGUGGCACGCUGGCCCCCGAGGACGCCUCCCUUGUCUACUUCCCCAAGCGCUAUGGCUCGCACUCCAGCAUGAAGUACAGCCCCCGGGAGAGGCAGAUCUACGCCUGGGACGACGGCUACCAGAUCAUCUACCGCAUGGAGAUGAAGAAGAAGCUGGAGGUCUGAGGGGCCACAGCAGGGCAUCCCCGCACAUCCGGCCACCCUGCCUGGGCAAGCUCGGCUCUGACCAUCCCACCCCAUGGGGCACAGCUGGCCCUGGCACGGGACGGCAUCUCUGCCCCAUCUCCCAUCACUGUGAAUGAUGAAAUGCUGGACCCCCACCCCUGGCCACCUUCCACCCACCGGCACCAGGCGCCCCUGCAGAAACCUGGACUAAUUUAAUGAGAUUUUCUUCUCUGUGAUAGAAUGAAUAAAUACUAUGCAGCGA